GCCGGGUGUCACUGGGGAAGGAAGUGCUUUAAACGGUGGAAACAGCAACUGCAAUGGACUGCUAACAUAUCAAGAGACUUAAAGAGGCAGUGCAAAUCGAAGGCAGUGGAAGGUGUGCGCUAUGACGUCGAGCCUCGGCCUGCGGAACGGAGAGCUUGGGCUGCCGUGGUCGCAGUUGGAGUACCCCCCAAAAGCAUACACCGCCAUGGCCAUCCCGGCCACCGCGGCCACCGCGGCCACCAUGGGCUCCGGCGGCUCGCUCGCUGGCCUCUGGGCGGGCGACGGCAGCGGGUUGGCAGCCCACAUUGCGAGUGCCAUGCCCACGCCGCCCGAGUCCCCCCCGCCCGGACGCCUGGCCACCGCCCACGAGGAGGGCAGUCAUACUGGCCUGACAGAUGAAACAACCACAAAGUUAGGCCUGCACAAUUUGCUGCAAGUGUCCACAAGCAACUCUGACCGAUAUUACUUGACUCGAAAAUGCUGCUAUGUCUUCCAUUGUAUGAAUCUCAGAACCAGCUUCAACUAUCCAACUAUACCAAACAAGAUGGUGAUACAAGAUGAACGAGUAUCUUCAGCCAUAGAGCAGGCAGUGUUGGAGGAGAUGGAAGAGAAAGGAGUUGAGGCUAGUGACGACAAGACCUACUAUGGUCUUGUUGCGCAGCACACAGCCAGGGCACACAACCUUCUAAACAACAUGAAGGCUGCUAUAUCUAGUACACUUAUAAGAUUAACGGGCUAUGUGUUGUUCAAAGUAUUUAGUAACCUGUUGAUGUCAGUGACUGUUCAUGGAGGUCAGCAGGAGGUCAUUGAGAGGGCUUCACGCAGGGACACACCUGUCAUCUUCGUCCCUCUGCAUCGUUCCCAUGUUGACUAUCUGUUUGUUACCUGGGUUCUCUUCAACCGUCAAAUUCCAGCACCCAUAGUUGCUGCAGGAGACAAUCUUCGGAUCCCUGUUUUUGGAUGGUUGCUUCGAGGUCUUGGUGGAUUCUUCAUUAAGCGUCGCCUUGAAAGCUGCAAGGCACGGAAGGAUAUUGUGUACCGCUCGGUCUUGCAGACAUAUGUUACACAUGCAUUGCAAGCAGGAUAUAACUUGGAAUUCUUUAUUGAAGGAGGUCGAACUCGCACAGGCAAACCUUGCAUGCCAAAAGCAACCAGUCUGUUGUCAAUGCUUAGCUGUGAUCUUUGGAGCUACAGAGAGUGCUCACCUGACAUACUGAUAGACAGGGAAAAGCUCAUCAAACGAGCAGCUCACUUAUCAAAACUUUUAGAGUAUGAAUUUAUCCUGACACCCCCAUGUGGAAGUUUGGAAGCCAAAAUCCACCAAACAGUUGACAACUUGGUGGUUACAGGCCUCCUGGUAGAUGCAGGGAAAACUGGUUCAGGAUUUAUUGAAGACUCUGAUGAGGAUGAUGUGUCCUAUUCUCAGUGUUAUAAGGUGUCACCUUCAACUGCUAUAUUGGAAGUUAUUGGAGCUUGGAAGUCCAUGAUCGCUCCAAUGUUGGACGCAUAUUACUGCACUGCUUGUAACUUGCAAAUGCUGGUUGGCAGACAGGGGAGAGUAUAUGUGUGGAUCCCAUCCGUAAUGCUGUCAAGCUUUUUGAGUCCCAGUCGAUCAUAGAAAGUUACACCCAUGACAGCGUUCGGUUGUUGUACCUCAGCACUCACUAUGACUCAGAAGAGCAGCUUAGUUCCCUUUUGCUUGAUAUUGAUAGUUUUAGAUCUUGAAUCUGCUGUGAGAGAAAAAGAAUAUUGUUUGUGUAAAUUGCUCCAUCUUUUACCAGUAAAAAGAACAGCAGUGCAUUUUGAUUGUUACAUUUACAGGGAAUUUUGUUUCUUAAUUAGGAUACUUAGGUGAGGAUUGCAUUUUUUCUAUGUUAAUAUUGAUAAUGAUAAUUGACAUACUGUAAAAUAUUUUCAUAAUUUUUUAUAUAAUUUUGUUUUAUUAUUAUUA